AUUUGUAGUGGGAACUAAUUUGAAUUAUUGUGGUGAUCCUGAGGAUCUGGAAAAAACAGCAACCAAAAUAUCAUAAUUUUGUACAAUAUCUCACAAAUCAUAUUGGUGGAUUUUGCAAAAGAACAAUCAAGAAGAAAUAGAUUUUACUUUAUAUUUCUUGCAAUAUGGAGAAUGAGAAAGGAAAUAGUUAACUAGCAAUAAACGAAAGAAAAAAAGGAUCAUUGGUUGUAUUCAUCAUUAAAAUGCCCAUUAUAUCAAAUCAUCAUCAUCAUCAUCAUCAUCAAUAUUACCAAUAGAGAAAGGACUCAUAUAAAAAUUUGUUAAUAUAAAUCAAAAUUGAAACAUUCAUAACAAAAUAUCUUGAAUUCUUUUGUGAAAUUGAUAUUACUCAAGAGAAUAACUCAUGUUGCCUAUUUUGAUAAUCAGUUGGAUAGUAUUUUCUUUCAGUCAUAUUUGUAUUCAUUCAAAUAAUUUAAAUCCUCAUUCUGAUUUAAAUCAAAAACAUUAUAUUGAAGAAAAAGAUUCAAAUAUUAAAGUCAUUUAUGAAGCGACAAGAUCUGUAUGUUAUAAUAAAGGUCAAGCAAUUGAAUGUUCUCCACCAUUUACAAAUAUUGCUGAAAGUGUUGAUAUUAAAGCAACUUCAACAUGUGGUCAGUUUGAUCAGUCAGAAGAAAUAUGUAAAUAUGUAAUGGGACAUGAAAAAUGUGAAACAUGUGGUAAAGGUGAGAAAUUUGGAACACACUUAUUAACUGAUAGACAUCAAAUGAAUAAUGAAACAUGUUGGAUUUCAGGAUCUGUUUUACCAGGUGACACAGUAAAUCUAACUUUAUCACUAGGUAAACGUUUUGAAGUUUACUAUAUUUCUUUACAACCUUGUGGUCAAUUGCCUGAUUCAAUUGCUUUAUAUAAGUCAUCUGAUUUUGGUGUAACAUGGAAACCAUGGCAAUAUUUCUCGACUGAUUGCUAUCGAGCAUUUCAUUUACCUACAAGUAAUGAGCAUAAUGCACAAAUCUCUUUAGCAAACAUACAAGAAGUUUUAUGCGUUGCUUUAAAAUCACAAGAUGUACAUGACAAUUCAGGACGAUCAUCGAAUGUUAUCGCAUUUAGUACAACUAUUGGACGACCAUCAAUGCAACCAUGGAGUUCAGCACUGAUCGACUGGAUGACUAUGACGGAUUUAAGAAUAAGUCUUAUGCGAUUUCCGGAAUAUCGAGAUGAAGUUCAAUAUGAUUCAAAUGGACUAUUUUUAAACCCAAGUUUACUAAAACAAACAAACGUAUUUCGUGUUAGUGGCAAUACUGGUAUUGGCGGUUAUGGCACAAAUCCUGUCUUGUCCGAGGCAGGUACACUGGAUAUGUCACAACAUCUAUAUCAGUCUGAUAUGCACUAUUCAAAAACACCUAAGAUUAAAACACCUGUUCACUUUUCUUUCUCUGAUUUAUCUAUCGGUGGUCGGUGUAAGUGUAAUGGACACGCUAACCGUUGUGUCAGAGAUCGAAUAGUUGGAACAGCAAUAACAACAGAUAAUAAUGGUCAGACGAAAUCUCAGUGGGGGCCCCUUAGAUGUGAUUGCCAACAUAAUACAGAAGGAACUGAUUGUGAACGUUGUUCACCUGGUUAUUUAGAUAGACCGUGGGCAAGAGGUACUUCUGAAUCAGCUAAUGAGUGUAAACCUUGUCAAUGCGGUAAUCAUACUAAUCAAUGUAUCUUCAGCGUAAAAGCUUUCAAGCGUUCCGGUGGUAUAACCGGUGGUAUAUGCUUGGCAUGUCAACAUAAUACAGAAGGUUCAAACUGUGAUCAGUGCAUAACUGGAUAUUACCGUGAUCCUAAUCUAACCAUUGGAAAUGAGCAUGCAUGUCGAGAAUGUCGAUGCCAUCCGAUUGGAUCGAUCGCUAACCAACAUUGUGAUCGUAAAACUGGUCAAUGUCCAUGUAAACCAGGAGUUGUUGGACAAGCAUGUAAUCGUUGCCAAGAGGGUUAUAAACAGACACGUUUACCUGAUGCACCAUGUAAUAAAGCUAUGGAACAUUACGCGCAUAGAAGAAAAGACAAUGAUCAAACAUCUCAUUCAACCAAAUCCCAAUUGUCUAAACCAGAGACUGAUAUCAAUUGUCCUCCAUGUGAAAGAAGUAAAAAAAGAAUACGAUUUAAGAAGUUUUGUCGUUGUGAAGCUGUUUUUCGUGGCAUAGUCAAAUCUCGAACAAUUCAUGGAGAUUUAAUGCGUCUUGAAGUCGAUAUUCAAAACACAUGGCGUAUUACUGGAGCAGCUGAACACUUAUUACCUAAAACAGCAUCGCCAAAUCUACCGGCCUAUCGAGUUUGGUUACGCAUAAAAAAUAACUCAGCAGAUAAACGUCAUUCACGAUGUCUAUGUCCAAACCUUCAAGUUGGUCAAUCAUAUUUGUUCAUAACACGUUCGCAUCAGGUCCCAUAUGGUGAUCGAAUGGAGUUAUUACUUGAUACACAUAGUGUAGUAUUAAAAUGGAGGGAAUCAUGGAGAAGACGAUUGUCAAAAUUUGUACGUCGUGCUGCACGUGAAUCAUGUGAUAGUGAAAAAAAUUCAGUUGUUGAUGACGACAAUAUUGAUGAUAGCAAUAAUGAUAAAUUAAAAAGAACUCGUCAAGUACAACGGUUACGUCUAGGUUCUGAUUACUAUUCGUCAAACAAUCAAGUGAAUCAACAUAAUCGAAUACAAUCUCAUACUUCACCUUCAACAUUAUCAUCGAAUUACCAGUUGAAUAGGUUAAGGUCACCCACAAAACUACCAUCUAAUAAAUUAAAAAAACAAAUUAGUCAAUCAUCCAUCAUUUCCGACCCACAUAGUUCUAAAGAGGUUAGUUUAAAUUACCCACAUGAUGAUAAGGAUAAAUUUCAAUAUAUAACCAAUAAAAAUAUGUAUUCAUCAUUUUAUUCAAAUCAAUAAAUUCAGGUCAAAAUAUAAUUACAAGAAAUGAAAUACUAUAUCAUUGGAAACAAUGUUAACUAGUUAAAUGUAGUUAACAAUAUCGAUGUACAGUAUUACUGUUUUGAAUAUAAUUCCCCCUACCCUCCAAAAAAAAUAAAUAAAUAGAAGCAAAACAUCAAAUAAACUACUGAACUAUCAAACGGUGAGCUUUUUUUUAACAAAAACAAACAAACAAACUAUUUCAACCAUAUUUAUUGAUUAGAAGGGAAAAGAAAAAAAGCAAUUUAUUUAUGAAUCAGGUAUAACUAAUAGGCACAAAAUAAAUAAAUAAAUACUUAUUAUAACCUUUAAAUAAUUAACUUGUAGUGAAUUGAGAUUUUCUCAUUUUGAAAAUAAAUUAAUAAUAAUUAUGUAUUUGUGUUGUUGAUAUACAGUUACUAUGUCAUUAUUCAAUUAACUAUUUGUUCUAUU